AAUUCAGUGGGUGAGCUCAGCCUGCGAACCAGCUACCGACCUUGACACCCUCGCAGCCUCUUGCUGGAUAUAUUCACUGGAACUUUACUAGUAGCGGUCAGGACCCUUGGCCAAUUAUCUGCCGAUUACAGACAUUUUUUUCUGACUUACUUGCGACCGAGUCGCUUUGAGCUUGUUAACUUUAAAUGUUGACAAGAUAAAGUUGCUCCAGAGGCAAAUAUGUGACGUCCAGUUUAACGGAGCUAGCAUGUGUAACCAUGUGCGCGAAAGCACUCAGCGAUGAUUUGCAACCAUAGCUGUUUAGGUGCGUAUCAGACAAGUAUAUUUCAUUUCUGAAAAGCAGAAAACAAAGCGGCGGUGACCGACUGUUCAGACUCGGUCGCCCUGGCGGAUCCACCGGCCUAGGAGGCUAGCAUGCUAGCUGCAUGACUGGCUCUGUUUAAAAGAUUACAAGCCUGUCUGUCAGAUAUGGCCACGGUGACCAACACAUGUACUCUGGUACAACAAAAUGGGACCACACAUCACGAAUCUGCAGCUGCGAGACCAGCUCCUGCUGUUUUGAGGCUGCAUUUCUACCAAAGCAGUGAGCGAACAACUGACUGCACUUACCUCAGUUACCCACCCGGGGACUACACCGCAGAGGAGCUGUGCGUAGAGGCAGCCAAGGCUUGCAGUAUUGCACCUCUAUAUUUUAGUCUUUUUGGGCUUUUUAGAGAGAAAGACCACUUGUGGUUUUCACCUAACCACAUAUUCCACCUUGACAAUUCAGCGUCUGAAGAUAUCUUCUUCAGAAUACGACACUACUACCCUUGCUGGUACAGUGGUGGAGUGUCUCGAGCCUAUCGCUACGGCGUUUCUAAAGGAAUGGAAUCUCCUGUAAUUGAUGAUUUUGUCAUGUCAUAUCUAUUUUUUCAGUGGAGAAAUGACUUCAUCAACGGCGUUGUGAAAAUUCCAAAUUCCCACGAAGCACAGGAAGAGUGUCUUGGCAUGGCAGUGUUGGACAUGACCCGGACCGCCAAAGAGAGACAGAUGUCCCCUUUGGAUGUUUAUCACACAAUAAGCUACAAAUCUUUAUUACCAAAAGUAAUAAGGGCUCAUAUCCAGAACUGCAACUUUGUUACUCGGAAACGAAUACGCUUCCGUUUCAAGCGCUUCAUUCAACAGUUUAGCCAGUGCCGUGCAACGGUUCGCGACCUCAAGCUCAAGUACCUCAUCAGUAUGGAGUCAUUAGACAAAGCUUUCUACACGGAGACUUUCCAAGUGAGAGAGCCAUCCCAUGGACAGCUAACCAUUCAUGUGGCUGCAGACACUGGCAUCCAGUGGUGUCGGGAGCGAUUAAAAGAUCAUGAACAGGAGUUGCAGAUGCUAUGUGACUUCUCUGACAUCACUUACAUUCACAUCAAACAAGUCCACAAGGAUGGAGCUGCCGACAGUCGAGUGGUUACGAUCAACAAGCAAGACGGGAAAAACCUGGAGCUGGAAUUCUCGUGUCUCCUGGAAGCUCUGUCGUUUGCAGCGCUGGUAGACGGUUACUACAGAAUGACAACAGAUGCUCAUCAUUACCUUUGCAAGGAAGUGGCACCCCCAAGACUGGUGGAGGCCAUUGCCGCACACUGUCACGGCCCCAUAUCAAUGGAGUUUGCCAUCAAGCGACUACAAAAAUGUGGAAACAAAUGUGGGUUGUACAUUUUGAGAUGCAGCCCCAAGGACUUCAACAAGUAUUUUCUAACCUUCCCUGUUACGGUGCAUGAUUGCGUGGAGUACAAACAUUGUCAAAUAACAAGAUCUGACAGCGGAGACUUCAACCUCAGUGGAACCAGCAGAAACUUCAGCACAAUGCUGGAGCUACUCAGCUGUUACCAAAAGGAAGCAGUCCGCUCCGACUGCGCCAUAUUCCGAUUCAACAAGUGCUGUCCACCAAAAUUGAAAGAAAAGACCUGUCUGUUGGUGUGCAGGAGCAACCAGAGCUCAGAAGUUCCCGUCUCACCCUCAUUGAACCGACAAAACUUCAACCAAAUGGUGUUUCACAAGAUUAAAAAAGAGGAUCUUGAAUUCAACGAAAGUCUUGGUCAAGGGACAUUCUCCACGAUAUUGAAGGGAGUCCGUAAAGAGCUUGGAGAUUAUGGACAAGUUCAUAAAACUGAAGUUGUUAUGAAAGUCUUGGACCCAAGCUACAGGAGUUAUUCUGAGUCGUUCUUUGAAGCUGCUAGCAUGAUGAGUCAGUUGUCACACAAGCACCUGAUCCUAAUCUAUGGUGUUUGCGUUUGCGGAGAAGAAAACCUCAUGGUGCAGGAGUUCGUCAAGUUUGGAUCAUUGGAUACAUACUUGAAGAAAAAUAAAAACUCUAUAAACAUCAUGUGGAAGCUGGAAGUGGCCAAGCAGCUGGCUUGGGCCUUGAACUUCCUGGAGGAAAAGCAUCUUGUACAUGGGAAUGUGUGUGCCAAAAAUGUCCUUCUCAUAAGAGAGGAGGACCUUAGAAGUGGGUAUCCCCCUUUCAUCAAACUGAGUGACCCUGGAAUCAGGAUAACAGUGCUACCCAAAGAAGUGCUUAUUGAGAGAAUCCCAUGGGUGCCUCCUGAGUGUAUAGAUGACCCUGCCAACCUCAGUUUGGCAGCUGACAAGUGGAGUUUUGGCACAGCGCUUUGGGAGAUAUUCAGUGGUGGAGACAGGCCUUUGGCAACACUGGAGAACUCAAAGAAAAGACUGUUCUAUGAGGACCACCAUCAGCUACCUUCGCCAAAGUGGUCUGAACUGGCUGAUUUGAUAAUCAGUUGCAUGGACUACGAGCCGACCUUCAGACCCACAUUUCGCGCUGUGAUCCGGGACCUGCACAGUCUCUUUGCUCCAGACUACGAGUUGAUUGUGGAUAGCGACAUCCUUCCAAACAGAAAUGUCACUUCGAGUUGGACAGCCGGAGCCUUUGAAAGUCAAGAACCGACUCAGUUCGAGGAGAGACACCUCAUAUUUUUGCAGCAGCUUGGAGAGGGUAACUUUGGAAGUGUGGAGAUGUGUCGGUACGACCCGCUACAGGACAACACUGGGGAGGUGGUGGCUGUGAAAAAGCUCCAGCACAGCACUGCUGAGCACAUUCGGGAAUUUGAGCGAGAGAUCGAAAUUCUAAAAUCACUGCAGCAUGAGAACAUUGUCAAGUACAAAGGCGUCUGCUACAGUGCAGGGCGACGUAACCUUCGUCUGAUCAUGGAAUACGUGCCUUUCGGAAGUCUACGGGAUUACCUCAGCAAAAACAAAGAAAGGAUUGAUCACACCAGGCUCCUGCACUACACAUCUCAGAUCGGCAAGGGGAUGGAGUACCUAUCGGAUAAACGCUACAUCCACCGAGACCUGGCGACACGUAACAUUCUUGUGGAAAGUGAGCACAGGGUCAAAAUUGGAGAUUUUGGCCUCACAAAAGUUCUGCCCCAGGAUAAAGAGUACUACAUGGUCAAUGAGCCAGGGGAGAGUCCGAUUUUCUGGUACGCCCCAGAGUCACUGACAGACAGCAAGUUCUCUGUGGCGUCUGAUGUCUGGAGCUUUGGAGUGGUUCUCUAUGAGCUCUACACCUACAGUGACAAGAACUGCAGUCCCCCUACUAUAUUCAUGUCUAUGAUGGGGAAUGAUAAGCAGGGUCUGAUGAUUGUCUACCACCUCGUUCAACUCCUCAAAUCAGGCAGCAGGCUGCCAAAACCACUGAAGUGUCCAACACAAAUUCAUGACGUGAUGGAGGAGUGCUGGGACAAUGAUCCCGUUCAGCGACCAUCUUUUAAGGAGUUGACUCUGCGCAUCGACUUGCUCAGGCACAGUGAGGAGUUCUGAUUAAAUGGCAGUGCUAUGCAAAGUUCUGCAGAAGUAGAGGGCUGAGUGACCUUGUGACUACUGGGCGGAUUGCCAAAGUACUUUUGUGCAAGGAAACACAUGGCUCAUUUGGACGAUGCUGAUCAGUAAUAAAGCUGAAUAACUUUGUGUUAAAGAUGUAAAGUGGUGAUGUCGAGCAUGAAGAGACCGAGGUCAAUGAGGAGGGUGAGACCUAGACCAAACUGAAUACAGCCCAGACUACUAGUUUGUACCAAUGGUAGCAUUUCCCUUCCAAUUUAUUUUGGGGAAAAAAAAAAGACUCUCUUUUGUAGUGUAAAAUGAAUGUGUGUCUGUAUGACUGAUAGACUUUUGCUUCUGCAUCAGUUUGGCCUUGGUCCCUUUAAGCUCUCGCCUUGACUACAACGCUAUAGUGAAGACUGCGUAUCUGGUGUCACCACAGCUAGCAGGACUGGCCCUCCCGACAGAAAUGAUUGUUUUGUGGACAGAGCUUGAUAUAUGGAUGGUUUUAUACAUAAAUGAGUGAAUUGACGUGUGUGUGCGCGUGCACACGUGUCUGUGAACUGUAUGUAUGUAUCAAGAUUUUUGUUAUCAUUUUGUAAAUUUUAAUGAUUUGUGAUGCAGUCGUGAGCUCCGCCAUUAAAUUAAUUUUGAUACAAACGUAAUUCCCAAGAGUUGGGUCGGUGUUCUGUUUAACGAACUGUUGGUCGCACUAUUAUUAUAGUGCUGUGAGUACCGGCCUCACUACAUCAAUGGGGGCCACACACUCAACAACAAUUGGGCUGUAUUUGUCCCAAUUGGCUUCAUCCCAACCGAGGACCGUCGGCGCCUGAUUAUCCUAAAGCAUCCCAGACAUGUCCGUACAGGAUUGACAAAAACUACAGGUUUAACGUGUGCACCAGCAGGCUGCAUUCUGCCAUGUAUUUCAUCUAUUAUAUUUCGCUGAGAAGUCAUUCUAACCCACCGGUGCUGUUACAUCAGAAUCUCCAGUCUGAAACAACAUGCUGUCACAAGGCAAUGCUGACAGGCACUCAGAUAUUGCUCUAAAUUCGUCCUCCAGAAUGAGCUGUCUGCUGACGUCUCAUACACACACAGAACGGAGUGAUCUCCCUCCCUGCCUUUAUUU